AUGGCGGACAUUACCCAGACGGAUGUUCCACGUCCCUCCGCACUCCCCACAGCCAACCUCCGCUCUCGUCUGGCCCCGUCACAGCCAUUUGUUGACCAGACCUCCAAUGAAUACCUGGACAACAUCGAGGAGGAAUGGAACAAAAAAGUUGACGUGGAAAUAGAAACGCUCGCCGACGGUAUGGUAGACCUGGUAAACUUGGCCUCAAUCGGAGACAAGGAUAAGUUCAGGAUAGCGCAAGAAGCGUUCCAGGCUCAAUUUCGCGCAGAAUCGAUGGUACGCACAUAUCCAAUCCGAGCGGCGAAUUCACUUCUUUCCAUCAUACACUCCAUGAAGCUGCUCUUAUUGCUUUCUGAUGAAGCCCAAAUUGUCAACCGCAGAGACGCCGAGUUCAAAGUCACACAGCGAGAGAAAGAAGAAGCGAAGAAGCAAGUAGCAGGGCUCCUAAGUGAGCUGCUCCGACCGCCCGCCGCUGCACGCAGUGCAAGAAGCCGUGACGAUACACUCUGA